GUGUCCUCCGCAGGUCUUAAGACGUACCUGAUAUCGGGGCGGAAGGUGAAGUUGUGUCAGUGGAUGAGUCCUCCUCCUCCGUCUGAGAUCAGAGCGUCUGUCAGCUCCUCGUCCUUCAGUCCAGACGUCUCCGCAUCGGCCGGCGCUCCCACAGACGCACCGGACAGAGCCAAGUCCGCCUGUCCCUCAUGUAGCCUGAUAACAUCUGAAGACGGACUUGUUCACAGCAACAGCUGCACAGAUCCUGAACACAAAACCAGCAACAGCAAGGUGCCGGCAGGCAGGGGUCCUAAAAGUGUGAAUGGGCUGUUGAGUCCUGGUGUGGAGCAGCCGCUGACGCACAGCCAGACGUCUCUGUGUGAGAUGCUGCAGGACAAGGAGAAGAAGUGGCCCGCCGUCGGAGGAGGAACCAUGGACCACUCUGCCCUCAUCCCUCUGCGCUCCAAGAACUUCCGCGAGAGGAGCGACGCGCACUUCGUGGACGUGAUAAAAGAGGACAGUCUGAUGAAAGAUUACUUCUACAGACCUCCCAUCAACAAGCUGAGCCACACGUUCAUAGACAGAUCCCUGGAGUCGGCUUACAGGACCAGCUACCAGGACGAGGUCAAGACUCAAACUCCUGUGCAGACGUUUGCCAGCCCGACGUUCAGCUCUUUCCUGGACAUGCUGCUGUGCUGUUGCGUGUUUCUGGCUCUUUCUCUGGCCUGUUUCCUGCGACCGCUGGUUACCCAUCAGCCCCUGCCCACACCAGCGCUCAUAGUGGCCGCGGUGGCAGCGCUGCUCGAGUGUUUGGCUCUAAUACUCGCUAUACGGAGAGCGUUUUAUCUGGACAGUGUGCUGAACUGCACCAGGACGCUCCUCUGGGUCAUUUCCGGCUGGAUUCCCCGGCACAUGAUCGGGGCAGUGCUGGUGUCUUUACCAGCCAUCGCCGUCUUUUCACACAUCACCUGCAAUAUGCACGACUCCAUACAGUUCACCAUGUUCACCUGCUGUGCCGUCAUCAUCGCCAUCAUCCAGUACUGCAAUUUCUGUCAGCUCAGUUUCUGGAUGCGCUCAAGCCUGGCCACGCUGGCGGGACUCACCUUUCUAAGUGUGCUCUGGAGCCCUCCGUGCAGCACUUGGGAACAAUUAUUUUUGAGAUCCAAUGAUCUCAACAGCAGCAUCAGUGACAUCCAAUCAUCUGCAGAAGAACCAUCCCGUCUACAGGAUCUGCUCGGCCCUGAGGCUUUGGUGGCCUUUUUUCUGUUGCUUCUUCUUGUUUGGUUCCUUAAUCGGGAGUUCGAGGUGAGCUACCGACUCCACUAUCAUGGUAAUGUGGAAGCAGAUCAGCACCGCAUCAAGAUCCAAAACAUGCGCGACCAGGCGGACUGGCUCCUGCGCAACAUCAUCCCCAUCCACGUAGCCGAGCAGCUGAAAGUGACUCAAAGCUACUCCAAAAACCACGACAACGUUGGUGUCAUCUUCGCCAGCAUCGUCAACUUCAGCGAAUUCUACGAAGAAAGCUACGAAGGCGGGAAGGAGUGCUAUCGUGUGCUCAAUGAACUCAUCGGAGACUUCGACGAACUUCUGCGCAAGUCCGACUUUUCCAACAUCGAGAAGAUCAAGACAAUCGGCGCCACCUACAUGGCGGCAUCCGGGCUCAAUACACAACAAUGCAGCGACCAAAACCACCCGCACGCCCACUUACGAGCACUCUUCGAAUUCUCCCUGGAAAUGAUGCGAGUGGUCGACGACUUCAAUAAAAACAUGUUGGGCUUCAAGUUCAAGUUACGAAUUGGUUUUAACCAUGGACCGCUCACCGCCGGAGUCAUCGGCACUACUAAACUACUCUAUGAUAUCUGGGGCGACACGGUGAACAUCGCUAGUCGGAUGGACACUACAGGUGUUGAGUGUCGCGUUCAGGUUAGCGAAGAGAGCUAUUGCGUGCUUAGCGGAAUGGACUAUGAGUUUGAUUACCGCGGUACGGUCAAUGUGAAAGGCAAAGGUCAGAUGAAGACCUAUCUUUACCCAAAGAGUGCAGAUAGUGGACCUGUGCCUCAAUACCAACUCUCAGUCUCUCCAGAAAUUCGAGCGCAGGUUGAUGGCAGCAUCGGACGUUCGCCAACUGAUGAAAUCGCUAAUAUGGUCCCAACAACCAGUGCCAGUAGAGUAGGUGCGUCUUUCUCUGUGAGUUCAGGACUUACUGGACAGGGCUACGCUGGUAGAGACUUCCCUGAGAAGGUUGCUGUAAGCAAUGGUACAUCUAAGACUCAACGAUCUGCAUCCGCUGUUGGCCUGACUUGCAUACCAGAAACCAACCUGAGCGCAAGUACCACGAGUUUUGAUAAACCAGCAGACCCAACUUUGACCUCUCCAAUAUGGGUGGAAAACACCAUUGGAAGAAAGCAGGGAGAAAUCGCGUACAUGGGUGAAAUGACAAAACUUUGACUGGAAAACAAGCCAACGGUGUUGGUCGUAACCCUUUAAACAUGGGCCUGCAACCCUCUGAGUUUCUAGAGAUAGGCAUGUUCAUGCUAGAGUAGAUUAGCAUCCGUGUACGUGGAGUGGAGAAUUCAAGCACACAACCGUAAA